AUGUCCACCCCAACUUCCUCUUCAGCUGCUCCCGCUCCCGGCACCGUCGUCCCCGUUGGGACCUCGGAGAUUGCAGCAUCUGCGUCUUUGCCCCCUCCUCCCUCAUACAACGUCAAUCAGCUGACACCUCCGGCAGCGGACGUGUCGAACGCCUUCCGCAAAGAGGACUACACGGUCUGCCAAUGGGACGAUCACAUCAACUACAUAGUCACUGCGUAUGCGUACGUGACCGGUGCGAGGAUCGACGACCCCGAUUUCACAAAACUCGGCGGCGAAAUCUGGGUCAUCCUCGUUCAUAGUGGUAGCUGCAGGGCUCUGGCAUACUUGCAAAGCGCGAAGGUCGACAUCAAAGCCUCCAUCAAAGGCCUACUCCUGGGCAAUACGAGUUCCUUCAAGGCUGAACAGCAACUGCCGCCCACUGGAUCCGGAGAACCGCAAUACGACCCAGCCGGAAAGCCAACACGCUAUACACGAUUCACCAUUCAAUACGGUCGUUUGAUGACCCUGCUCCGGAACGGUGGAGCAGAUUCCCUUUCCUUCGACGCGAGGUACGAGGAUGUCUUCAGUAUCUUCUUCAACUAUGGGCAAAGUGGUGAAAUCACACUCGAUGGUAAAGGAGUGGAAUUCACUAUGUCGGGCACUGGCGCACCGGGUAGCGCAAUCAUGCCCAUCCGCGGCUUCUCGGUCUUCAGUACACGCACGCGUAUCGAUAAAAUAUCCAUGAAUAUUGACUAUGAUGUUCAUGUAGACUCAGGUAGCCGUACGGGGGAGGGAUCGUGGGGGGCUGGCGGUUCCCAGAGCUUUAGUCUUAGCCUGGUGCCGACGCUGUCGGAGGAGUGCGGAGGUUCACCUACUACUAGUGCAUCAUUAUGA